GUGCAUCUCAAUCCAUGUUGGCCAAGCUGGUGUGCAGAUCGGCAAUGCAUGCUGGGAACUCUACUGCUUGGAGCAUGGCAUUCAGCCCAAUGGCACAAUGCCGAGCGACAAAACAAUCGGUGGCGGUGAUGACUCAUUCAACACCUUCUUCAGCGAGACGGGUGCAGGAAAGCACGUCCCUCGUGCUGUGUUUGUGGAUCUGGAACCAGCAGUAAUAGAUGAAGUGCGGAAUGGGACCUAUAAACAACUCUUCCACCCUGAACAGCUGAUUUCUGGAAAGGAAGAUGCUGCUAAUAAUUAUGCGAGAGGUCACUACACUGUUGGGAAAGAGAUCAUUGACUUAGUCCUGGAGCGUGUCAGGAAGUUGGCUGACCAGUGUACUGGCUUGCAAGGAUUCCUGAUUUUCCACAGCUUUGGAGGAGGUACUGGCUCAGGUUUUACUUCUCUGCUGAUGGAACGCCUCUCAGUUGACUAUGGAAAGAAAUCAAAAUUAGAAUUUGCCAUAUACCCAGCUCCCCAAGUUUCAACUGCUGUUGUUGAGCCAUAUAACUCCAUCCUUACUACCCACACAACACUCGAACAUUCUGACUGUGCCUUCAUGGUUGACAAUGAAGCCAUCUACGAUAUUUGUCGUAGGAACCUGGACAUUGAACGCCCUACCUACACCAAUCUCAACCGCCUAAUUGGUCAGAUUGUCUCCUCAAUCACUGCCUCUCUCAGAUUUGAUGGUGCCCUAAAUGUGGACUUGACAGAGUUCCAGACAAACCUGGUGCCUUAUCCCAGAAUCCACUUCCCCUUGGUAACUUAUUCUCCCAUUAUUUCAGCAGAGAAAGCUUACCAUGAGCAACUCUCUGUCUCUGAGAUUACUAAUGCUUGCUUUGAGCCAUCCAAUCAGAUGGUGAAGUGUGACCCACGUCACGGCAAAUACAUGGCCUGUUGUAUGUUAUACCGUGGGGAUGUCGUCCCCAAGGAUGUCAAUGCUGCUAUUGCUGCUAUCAAAACCAAGCGUACCAUUCAGUUUGUUGACUGGUGUCCUACUGGUUUCAAGGUAGGAAUUAAUUACCAGCCCCCAACGGUAGUUCCUGGUGGUGACUUGGCCAAAGUCCAACGUGCAGUCUGCAUGCUCAGCAAUACUACAGCCAUUGCAGAAGCCUGGGCCCGCCUGGACCACAAGUUUGACUUGAUGUAUGCCAAACGUGCUUUUGUCCAUUGGUAUGUAGGAGAAGGAAUGGAGGAAGGGGAAUUCUCUGAGGCCCGGGAAGAUCUGGCUGCACUUGAGAAGGAUUAUGAAGAAGUGGGUACAGACUCUUUGGAUGGUGAGGAUGAAGGCGAGGAAUACUAAACUUAAAAACAAAAAUCUCAUGUAUGGCUAUUACCAAUUGCUGCCUUGCCUGUAAUAAAAUAAA